AAACAGUGCACAAUAGAAUCAAAGAAGAAAAGAAGAGAGUAACACACAAGCAUAGUGCUUUCUCACAGCAGUAAUAAUGAGUAUGCUACAGUUGCAGAAGCGUUUGGCUUCCAGCGUCUUGAGCUGUGGCAAGAAGAAAGUGUGGCUGGACCCCAAUGAAACCAAUGAGAUCGCGAAUGCCAACUCCAGACAGCAUAUCCGUAAGUUGGUGAAGGAUGGGCUGAUUAUAAAGAAGCCGGUCGCAGUGCAUUCUCGUGCCCGCUGCCGUAAGAACACGCUGGCGCGGCGGAAGGGCCGUCACAUGGGCGUCGGUAAGAGGAAGGGUACGGCAAACGCUCGCAUGCCUGAGAAGUUGUGUUGGAUGAGGAGGAUGCGAAUCCUGCGCCGGCUUUUGCGUCGCUACAGGGAGUCCCAAAAACUCGACAGGCACAUGUACCACAGCCUGUAUCUGAAAGUAAAGGGUAAUGUGUUCAAGAACAAGCGGAUCCUCAUGGAACACAUUCACAAACUAAAAGCAGACAAGGCUCGCAAGAAGCUCCUGGCGGACCAAGCGGAAGCCCGACGCACAAAGACCAGGGAGGCUCGUAAACGCCGUGAGCAGAGAGUGCAGGCUAAGAAAGAGGAGAUGCUGACAUCUCUCUCUAAAGAGGACGAGAGGAAACAGUGACACCCUUCAUCUGUCAGGCCCCCGUCUCCUCACCGUUAUCUCUGUGCCUUACGAGUUACACCAAAAGACUGGCACGGCCGUUUUCGAUGAAGGCGCGUUACGUUCGCCGUUUCUUUUCGUUAGGGCGUGAUGAUCGCCAUUAUUGUUUUGUUGUUUCUUCUUCGGUCUGAAUGCACUUUAUCAUAAGUUUGUUCCAGACAAGCGCGUCUGCCGAAUGAACAGCAAUGUAAAUUGUAUUUUCACCGUGGAGCACAGACAGA